AUGACGUCAUUCAAAUUCAGAUUCCUCAGGCGUGUAAAGGUCUGGCAUUUGCUGUACAUUCUUACUGUUCUCAUAGUUUACUACAUUCUGACGUCCUCCAAAGAGAACGAAAAACCAAAGAGAAAGGCACCAGAGUUACAGGCGCCCAAAGUCAAGGCGUUGUUAUCCACCGGGCUGGCGAAACUAAGAGGCAAGACUUUUCGCGAUGUCGGUGAGAUCUUGGACCAUCUAGCCAUGGAAGACGUGAACUGUGUGCCUUUCAAGGCCGCCAGCCGGAAGGUCAAGAUAUGCAUAUAUGACUUGGCGAGGGACGAGGUGGUAUCCAAGUCUUUGAAGAUGUACGAGACUUGGGAAUCUGAUCAGCUCCAUGAUUUAGAAACCAUUCUAAAUCGAGACAAGGAACUCGGUUUACUAGAUCUCGGUGCGAACCUGGGUGUGUUCACGCUGACCGCUGCGGCUAUGGGACGUAAGGUGCUAGCGGUGGACGCUUGCCACAGCACAGUGAGCAGACUCAAGAAGAGCAUCUAUACCAACCGUUUUCUGGACAAAGUGACUCUUGUAGAAGCUGCGUUGACCACCGUCAGGGGUUACUCCUUCAUCUUUGUGCCCGCUAAGAACGCUGCAGGCGCCUACCCACAUCACAUUCCCAGGGAAUUCAUCACCGUGAAAGACGUCAAGAACCACAGAGUCGUCAAAAAUGUCUUUCUUGACGACCUCCUUAAGUUUAUCGACGUCAACAAGGCCGUUAUUCGGAUAGAUAUUGGCGGCAAAGAGCCGAUGGUUCUCGCAGGCAGUCAUCUUUUUGAAAUCAUCCACAUCGAAUGCAUAUUCAUGAGUUUCACAUACAAUGAGAAUCUCAGGAAACCCAUUCAGAUCGCACUGGAGGAACUGGAAAUUAAAGGGUUUGUCCCGAAACGUUCUAGAAUGGACCUCCAUCCGUUGGAAAUCGGAGAUUUCGAGAAAUGGCCAUCGAAAAUACUAUGGGUAAGAAGACAGGGCUAGUAUAAGACUGUCUUAGCGACGAUUUUCACAACAGAAUUUCAUAUGAUGAGUGCUGUUGUACACGUGCUUCACU